AUGAUCCCCUCAUCGCCCAAUAUCCUCUCAUCAUUCGAUCCUGCCCUUCACCUCCACUCCGAAGAUCUCGACAACGCGCCUAAUCUACCCUCCGAAUCAUUCUCUGACGAUCUCGACGCAAUCCACUUCCAGCGUCGCGAGCAAACCCGCAAUAAAGUUGUAAUUCAGCACCGGGCUUGGAACUUGUCGGAUGUUUUUCGAAGUGACGACGAUAUAAGACCUGAUACUCCGACGAAAGCGUUCGAGAGAACUCCGCGGAAGAUCAAUAAGACGCCUACUCGCACGAUUUCAUACCUGGCGUCCUCGCCGCCCUUGACGAAUAUGCCGUUCAUAUCGUCACCUGCACCCGCGGCCUUGGCCAAAUCGGACGGAAAUGCACAGAAAAGAAAAGCGGCCGAAGCUGAAGAGACAUCGACGCCGACAGAGCCCAAGCGGCAAAAGUUUGUCGGUGGAUUCGUUGAUGAAGAUGAUGACGGCGAGGACGGCCUUGCUGCUCUUGGAGACCAAGAUUUCGAGCUGCAGGAAUACCCCGAGCCACAUCCGUCUGAACUUACUGCGAUCCUGGAGCAGUCGCAGCUCCCUGUCCUUUCUCAACACGAUAAUACCACGCCCACAACUUCAAACUCUCAACCAGAAUUGAUCUCUCAACCCGCAUCUGGUGCAACUAAAAGGUUGUUCCAAAUUAAGACAUGUACCGGCAAGACGCACCAUAUUCCUCUACGAAUGGCCCAAGCUCCAGUUUCUUAUGAGCGCAUGAUUGCUAGUCGGUCCGAGACCGAUCCGGGCCGGGCAAGGAAAAGCUACUACGGAAUCGAGAUUCACACUUUGCUGGAUGAUGCGGCCAAGGAGACAUAUCUUAAGGCUUCUGAGCCGGCGCCGCCACCUCCGGUACAGGUUUCAAUAGAGAAGAAUGAUGGUGAUAUUAAGCAGAAGAAGAUGGAUUCUAUGAUGUGGACAGAAAAGUACCGUGCUCGCAAGUUCACUGACUUGAUUGGAGACGAACGCACACAUCGCCAGGUCCUCCGCUGGUUGAAGGGCUGGGAUUCAAUUGUCUAUCCUGGCUUGUCCCGGUCCCAGAAGAAAAAGUCCGGACAGGAUAAUGAGGAAGAGCGUGUGCAUCGGAAGGUACUCCUGCUCAGUGGUCCCCCUGGAUUGGGGAAGACCACCCUGGCCCAUGUCUGUGCUAAACAAGCUGGCUAUGAAGUUCUCGAGAUCAAUGCGAGUGAUGAAAGAAGCAAGGAUGUGGUCAAGGGCCGCAUUCGAGAUGCUCUGGCAACGGAGAAUGUCAAGGGUGCCAACGUCGAGGUCGGCGAGAACAAGGUCCGCCGGGCGGCAAAGCCUGUCUGUGUGGUUGUCGACGAAGUUGAUGGCGUCGUAGGAGGUGCUGGAAGCGGCGUGAUGCUCGACCAACGAAACUCGAAGCAGGCAGAGAAUGGUGGGAACAAUGGCAAAAAACGCAAGGGCGAUACUUUCCGAUUCCUUCGACCCUUGAUUUUGAUUUGCAAUGAUCUUUACGCCUCCAGUCUUCGUCCUCUAAGGACUUCAUCCAUUGCGGAGAUAAUCAAUUGCCGACAAGCUCCAUUGGAAAACGUUGUCAAUCGUGUGAAGCACAUCUUCACCCGGGAGGGGAUCGCCGCGGAUGGUGAUGGAGCUCGAAGACUGUGCGAAGCUGCUUGGGGAAUGGGAAGCAAGAAGCAACGCGGUCCUAAGAGCUCUGGGUCUGCCGAGGGCGAUAUCAGAAGUGUCCUUGUUGCUGCAGAGUGGGUCGCACAUAAGCUCCGGAGUGAGGGCUUAUCUACGCGACUCAGCCGGAACUGGCUGGAGUCUCGAGUCCUCAACGCUUCGACAGAAGGCGGCUCUUUCUUCAAGGAAAUGAGUCGUGGAGGUGUGCGUGAGAUCGUGAACCGCGUCUUUACCGAAGGCGCGGGCUUUUCUGAUUCUCCCGUGGGCAUGACCUCUUUCCAGGACAAGUACGACGGGUCCAAUUCCAAGGUACCAGUCGGGGUGGCUGACCUGCGAAAGCGGCAUGCUAUCAACCGUCUCCGGGAGAUGGUGGAUGCCAGUGGCGACCAUGACCGAUGCGUCACCGACUGUUUUGCCGCGUAUCCCAUUCAACAGUACCAGGAUGAUACCUUCCUCUCGAAACCCUGUGACGCAUACGACUGGCUUCACUUUCAUGAUUCCAUUUCCAACAAAGUCCAUGCAUCUCAGGAAUGGGAAUUGGCACCGUACCUAAGCCAGUCCGUUAUGAAGACGGAGAAACCGAAGAAGAACACCCAUUCUCUGGCCCUGAAAGCAGAAUUCGCUGCAUUCGAAGCACAGAAAGAAAAUCGAGCAAUUCUUACCGGAUUUCACUCAUCUCUAUCCGCCCCAAUGUCCCGCAUGUUCCGCUCCACAGAGAGCGUCGUCACAGAUCUCCUCCCGCACCUACUUCGCAUGCUAUCACCAGAUGUCAAACCCGUCAUCGUGCGCACCGGUGGCGAUAAUCGAAGCACAGCAAGCGUGCGCAAAGAAUCCGAGCGUGUACUGGUUCAAUCGGCCGUACGCGUCAUGGCCGGCAUGGGCGUCACAUUUGAGAAAGUCCGCGUCGAGCACGAGGGUGGAGGCCACGGCGGAUGGGCCUACAGAAUGGAGCCACCAAUCGACUCGCUUGUCGCAUUCUCAAAGCUGAAUACAUCCGGCUCCUCAAGUGCUAAUGUUCCCGUUCGGUAUGCGGUUCGCUCAGUCUUGGACCAGGAGUUCCGGAAAGAGAGCACUCGCAAACAAUUCGAUUCCCGGAACGCCGUUACGGCCAAGUCGAUCCUAGGUAAAUCGCCUAAGUUGGACGCGGCUAAGGUCAUCAAACACGGCCUUCUCAAGCGGGACUUCUUCGGACGGAUCAUUGAAGAACCUGUUCGCGAGACCGGGGAGCAUGAUGGGCCUAACCCGUCGGAUGAGAUGUCUAAGGCUGGGAGGAAGGUGUGGGUCACCUACCAUGAAGGAUUCUCAAAUGCGGUUCGCAAACCUAUUUCGAUGGGAGAGUUGUUGACAGGGUUGUGA